GUCCAGCCCCCAGAUGCUAGGCCUCCUGGGGAGCACGACCCUUGCGGGCUUGAUCACAGGCACGGCUGUGGCUCUUCUGCUGUUGGUGCUGCUGCUGGCCACCUGCCUGUACCAUGGACAGCAGGACCAUGAUGUGGAGAGGAACCGCCCGGCUGCGAGGAGAAACCGAGUCCGGUGGGCCCAGCCUUGGCUCUUCCCGGGCCACGGCCACCCGGGACACUCUCACUGUUUCCGCCAUCCUGGCCACGUGUCUCACACGCACCAUGUGGGCCUCCACCACCACCACCUCCACCGACACCUCCACCACCAAGCCCACCACCAAGCCCACCACCACGCCCACCACCAUGCCCACCGAGGCCACCACUGACGCCUGUGAAUGGCGGCCACUGCCUGCCCUCCUGUGGACCCCCACGCUCCUGUGCAGAAGGGCGCCUCUCUGUGGUAAACACUGGGUACUGUGCCCUGGGUCCUGCUUGGCUUCUUUUGCAUACUACUCACCCCCCAGGGCACUAUAAGGAGAGAACUGAGGAGCACUGGGGGUGGCCCUGUGCACACUGGAGGGUAACAAGGUGAGAGCAGAGGUGGUCCCUCAGAGACGGACAGCACCUGUGACUGUAACUCCCAGGGGACACCAGUGCAUGUGGAUACACAGAAGAUGUAUCUUGCUCCCUGAAGUGCUGUCUUCUGAUUUACUCAGGCCUCUGGCCCGGGGUCGGGGGGCGGGAGGGUAGCUGGGAAGGGCCAGCAGUGCCCUUGUGUUUGGAGAAGGCAGGAUGAGGCUGCAAUGUCAGUUCACUGGUGCCUUAAUGCAAGAAAAUAAAAACCACGAGAAGAA